CUUCACCUCUUGGAAUAGUAAUAACAAUAACAAAGCAUAUUUCCUAAGUUUCCUAGGGCAUUGGAAAUUAUUCCUAAGGGAUAGGCAUUAUUCCUAAGGCAUUAAUAUGACCCUUUACUUCAGAGAAUCCUUUUAAAGGAAGACUGAUUCUCCACAGUGUGGUGAGAAUCUGGAGCCAGUUCAUCUGCAGCAUAUGAAAAGAAAGAAUAGGAAAAGAGGUCACCUGCAUUAGCAUUACUUGGAGGAAAUGGCAGGACUGCUUGCUGUAAUUUGUGAGUCCUGUGAGGAAACAGAACAAGAUGUAUCACCAUGCUGUAGUAUGUCAUCCUCCACUGAAGGUGACCUUGGAAGCGCAGAAAAUACAGGUGCUCAUCAUUCUCUCAUGGAAAUCCCUAGGGAGCCAAGAAGAGUAUGUACUAGUGCUCCACCUAUUUUAGGAACUGAUGUGGAUAUUAAACACAAAGAAUCUACUCAGGCAGCAAAAGCACUCAACACGUCUGUCAGUAUCUCUUCAAAAGAAACAUUGGACAAAUUACCCUUGAGACCAUGCUCAGAUACAUUCCUGUUUACAAUGACAGUAAAAACAUGCCCCGAGAAGAUGAGUUCUAAUGGAUCAAAAUCACAGUGGUGUGGUAAGAAAAAAGAUAAAAUAAUAUGGCUAAGUGAUGUAUAUACAAGGGUUGGAUCACUGAGUAAAACCAUGGAACAGAAGAAUACAAUGAAGCCAUCUAUUAGCAGGAACAAUUUACUUGGAAUUUCCACAAGCAAACGUGAAGGAACUGUUUGGCUUCCAAAGAAUGAGCAUGGAAAAGCAUACCAGGAUUGGAGAGGUGUAAUAUUAUCAGAGAACACUGUUCCCUACACAAUGCUCAGCAAUGAGGAACAUCAAGAAAGACUAAUAAGAAUAACAAGACGGCAAAGGUCAAAGGGGAUGUUGCUUUCAAAUAUCAAACUUGAAAGACGUUCGCAAGAGAGUAAGAAGCAUGGAAGGCGGCUUCCCAGAAAGCGUGCUGUGGGUUCAAUUACUGAGCAAGUCAAAAGAAUUGGGCCACACUUAGAAAUCUUUGAAGCUUUUAAAGAAAUCCGAAGGGUACCUAACCUGCAGAAAACUAUUGCAGCAGCCACUUGUAUUCAGAAAAUUAUCAGAGGAUGGCUUAGUCGAACCAGAUGGAACAGAAUAAAAAGAAAGGCUAAAAGCCAUGGACCAACUUUGCUAGCAGUUGUAAAGGAAUAUCGUAGAAUGAUGGAUCGCAUUAAGCGCCGAUGUGGAAUCGUGGACCGAACUACCCCAUUAAUAGUGGAGGAACUAGAAGAUUGGCUUGAUAAGAAAAAAUUAUAUGAAACCAUGUUUGCAAAGAGAGAGUUCUGGAAAGAGAUGGAUAAAAAUGAACUGCCUAAAUUUUUCAGAGACUGUGGCCGUUUCCCAUCCACAGAGGAACUAAAUACUACUAUGAAUUUGGUCUUGGCAGGUUCUAAUACGAAAAUCGUAAGCAUAAAAAAGAACCAGGCAGUUGAAAUGGCUUUCAUGUUGUAUCCUCCGCUUGGUCUCAAACUAAAAACUGCAGCUACUACUCGGUCAACCUGGAUCAAACCAAUAGUUGAUGGAGAGGAUUCUUACAAAUAUUUAAUGAGUGGACAUCCCAUAUUUAAAAAAGCUGAUUUGCGAAUUGCUGCACGGGUAGUAGCUGCAUCUAUGAAAGAGAGGAAAAUGAAAGAACGUCAGGCUGACCCUUUAGAGACUUUAGAGGACUUUGACUAACACAGGAUGCAAUUGAUACUCAGUUGAAGUAAAUGGCAGCCGUCCCAUUGAUCAUAUUGAUACUGGAUUGCAACCCUAGUUUCUAACUUCAGUUUCCUCUGAUGAAUUUCCAAUGUACAGUGAAAAAUGGUAUAGCGUUUGACAAGGCAGAAGUCAACAAAACUACUCUGGAGUCCAUGAUGUACCUAGGAUUCCUGUAUGGAUAUAUAUGAUAAGAUUUAAAAACCUUAUUUGUUAAAAAAUCCAGUAACUUGGUCAUUUGGAUCAUUGUUGGAUUUGACGCUAUUAUCUUAUUUUUAGCUCACUGUAUGGUACUGUAUGCCACUGAAUAAAUGCAUUUGUGUUUUGCCCAUGAAA